GGCCGGGUCCGGGCCACAGCAGCAGCGGGUGUGCUAUCCGGGACUGACAGUCCUGUGGGAAAUGCCUUCGUAUCCCUUGUUAGUGCGCACUGCCACGGGGAGAUGUUCAUAUGAGACGUUACUCGGGUGUCGUCACCGCCGGUGACCACAUGGCCGACACGGCAGACUGCGGGGCAGAGCGGAAGACGCGGCGUGUGCACACGGCGUCCUCCAACCCCGGCGUGACGUCACUAAGGAGACGUGGCACGGGGACCGUCUGAAGGCUCGGCAGCGCUCCACCGAGCGAGCGCUCGUUCACUCCUCAUCCGGCCGGCACGCACCGCGGAGGGGCAAGCAGCCAGGAAGUCGCAGAAAGCCCGAUCGCCCGGCCGACACCCCCUCCGCCCGGGGCAGCGAACAUGGCUUCCAAUAACGGCUCGGCCGGCAAGUGGGAAGUGGUGAAGAAAGGGAAGAAAAGCAGCAGUUCGGGAGGAGGAAAGACCUCGACCGGCGGCGCGGGGAGGAAAGCCCUGGCCGAGGCGAACCUACCGUCGCGACCACCCCUGAAGAUGUCAGAGACUCUGUUUGAGGGCUUUGAGAAGAUGGGGAAGAAACAGAACAAGGAGCAGGUACCGCCACCAGUGAAUCCUCAAAACAAGAAGCCCCCAGCAAGCAAAUCAUCCAAGAAACCAAACUCCAGCAGCAGCCCCACUUCUGCAACCUACAAAAACCUUGAGGAGGCCUUCAAAGCACUGGAUGUUGGGGAGCUGAAGCAGCAACUGGUGCAGAGUCAGACUCUAUUCCCGGAAAACCCGUCAGUGUGGGUCAAAGAUCUGGCAGGAUACCUCAACCACAAGCUGACUGCCCCAGAACCUGAGCCCACACUCAGUAGCUAUGCCUACGAUUACCCUUACUGUCUCACAGGAAAAGAGCUGCGGAGUGUAAUCAAGGCUCUGAUUGGGCGAUGCAGCGACCAUCUGAUGGACUUCUUUGACCACUGUGUUUACACUAUGCUCAAGGAGCUGGACAGACAGACAGGAGAGCCUUUGCAUGGCUAUCGAGUUUGCAUUCAGGCAAUCCUGCAAGACAAGCCAAAAAUAGCAACCCAAAACCUGGCUGAGUACCUGGAGUUGUUGCGGUCGGUUCAGAAUCGUCCUGCCAAGUGUCUGACCAUAAUGUGGGCUCUGGGCCAAGCUGGAUUCUAUGACCUCAGCCAGGGACUACGAGUGUGGCUGGGUAUCAUGCUUCCUGUGUUGGGCGUGAAGUCCCUGUCUUCAUAUGCCAUUGCCUAUCUGGAGAGACUCCUCCUACUCCAUGCCAACCUCACAAAGGGAUUCGGCAUUAUGGGACCUAAAGAGUUCUUCCCCUUGCUGGAUUUUGCCUUCAUGCCCAAGAAUGCCCUUCCAUCAAGUCUGCAGGAGCAGCUGAGGCAUCUCUAUCCACGUCUGAAAGUUCUUGCAUUCGGAGCCAAGCCAGAGAGCACGUUACACACAUACCUGCCUUCCUUCCUGUCGAGAGCCACCCCACACUGCCCCGAUGACAUGAAGAGAGAGUUGUUGAGCAGCAUGACGGAGUGUUUGUGUGUGGAUGUUCAGAGUCUUGGUGUGUGGAGGCAGCUGUACACAAAACACUUACCUCAGUCCAGCCUGCUUCUGAAUCAUCUGUUGAAGCAUUGGAACAUACUACCACCAAAGCUCAGAAAAAACCUUCAAGAAACCAUCCAGUCGUUCAGAGUAACCAACGAGGAGAUGAAAGACAUCAUAGACUCUCAGGAGCUCCAGGAGUGCAACACCCUAUGCCAAACCCUCCAGGUGAAAAUGCGGGGUCAUGGAUUCCCCUGGUCCAGGCUGCUCAUGGCCCUACUGGUGUUUGCUGCGGGCUUCAUCGCCCACGACAUCAGGUCCCAUGGCUCCUUCACAGACUCGAGGACAUCCCAUUAUCUGCAAAGCUCAGGGGCAAUGGCUGUGUCCCAGCAGGCCUGGGGGAAGGUGACCCUCUACUCUAAGCAGUGUUUCAGCUGGUUGGAAACAAACACACCGUACUACUAUUCUGAGUUUGUGCGUGUCUCGGGGCCGCUGACGGAGCAGGGGCUGGAGAAGGCAAAAGCAGUCGCCCUCCUGAUCUCUGAAAAAAUGACUCACUUCGUCCAGCGGGUCAGGGAAAACACACCAGUGCUUAUUGAAUGGGUGAGCAGCAACACACCAGACAGUGUGUUCCAGGCGCUGGUGUACCUGAAGGAGCUCCUGCUCCUCCUCCAUCAGGGCUACAUACUACCUGCUCUGGCAUACAUAUCUAAGAUGCUGCAGCUGGUGUGGAUGAGCCUGCAGGACUCUUGCAACGGGGAAGUGUCGGUCACAUGUCUGCAGAGCCACGCUCUGUCCUUCACCAACUCCACAUGGCACCUGCUCCAACACACCACCUCUGCCAUCAAGGCCUGGGCACAGGAACUGCUGACACGAGCAUGAUGGAAGCAUCCAGAUGCCUGAUCAUUCAACUGACAUGCCCACUGUCACUCAUGGACACCAGCUUGUAAACACACACACAGGUCCAGUCUGACGCUGCCCUUCAGUGCGUCAGCUGCUGCUUCUUGCCUCUUCAGCACUGGCAGGACACAAAGGCUCGGGGAUGAAGACAAACAGACUUUCCUGCAAAUGAUGCUUCUGUCUCCCGGUUUUGACUAAAUUUUAUUGAUCUGCAUGCUGCUUACAUGAGGUUUUUUUGUUUUUUGUUUUUUGUUUUUUUUACACAACCCCCUUCACACCGUUGGGUGCAGAUUGUCCCUCCUGACUUUUCGGUCUCACACUUUUAACUGUUCUCCUGUAAGCUGCUGCUUAUACCAUUUAUACAAAACUUUUGUCCGUAUGGGGUUUAAACCCCUUUUUUAUUCACGUACACAAAGACGUGCUGUAUGAAAACCUGCUAAAGGGGACCGGCCAGACCACAUGAUGUUGCAGGUGACUCUAAGCCAUUGUAGAUGUAGUUCUGAGGGCUGGUUCUCUCCCACACUUAAACUCAGUGAUCAGGGAAUUGAUUAGCUAGUCGAGGUACCUCCCACUGUGUCAGCACCUGCAUCAAGCUUUUGUACCCCCCCCCCCCCCCCCCAGGGGACUGUCAGUCAUGCCGAGCUGUCCUGAGGCAGCAGAGAAUUAUUUGGUGGUUGGAGUCCACAUCCACUGGUUGCGUUGAGUUUACCAGAGGAGGAUGAAGACCUGGCUGAUCCCCUGUCUCGGGACAGGAGUUUAAAAGCAGUCAAGUUGUCUCAGCUGUGAGGUUUGGAAAGGAAGUCCAGAAGAAAGAAUCUACCUCUUCUGCCCUGGUGACAUCUCGUUUCUUCUCAGCUAUACUGCUGACUACCCGGAACCUUCCUCUGCCGUCUGUUUCAGUCUUUUGAGUUCAUUUCUCUCGUUCCCCCACUGCCUGUCACUGGAAACCAGAUAGAACUGUGUUAAAAAGAAGAAGAAGAAGACGACGGCAACUGCUGUACCCCACAUUCAGUUGAAGGGUUACAGUGUUUCCUCUUCGUGUGUGGUAGUGUGCUUGUGUUGAUGUGCAUGCCUGUUGCGGUUAUGGGGUGAUGAUUGACCUCGUGCAAGUGUUGUGUGAGACUUCCCCUUCCUCUGAGUGACCCUUUGAGUCUAGCUGGUUCCCACCCCACAUCGUCAUGGAGAUAUGUUUGGAUGCACACAGCAAUGAUUAAUUUGUCACUUUUCUGUAAAUGAUUCAUAAUAAAGUCCAGAAAAUCAUUUAGUCUGUGUUUCAGUUCUGGC